AUGUAAUCAACACCUCCAUUUUCACAGAAUCAUUCUAACCCUCUUUUGAUGAAAGAUGAUGUAGGAAAGGCCAAACCAUCUACAUACAAUCUCCCUAAUUAAGAUUUUAUUUAUGGAUAACCAUUAUCAAGAGAUAAAGAAGGAGCUAAAGAAGGUAUUUAUAACAAUCACAUUUCUCUAAGUUACAAUGACAUGGAAACUUCAUCAAGAAUCUUAAGAUAGAGUACCCAAUAGAGAUUUUGCUGAACUCAAUAAAUAAUCUAUACAUAAUGGCUCAGUCAAAGCACAUGUAACUGAUUUAUAUAUUAAUUAUUCAGGAUAUGUAUAAGUUUAGACAAUCUCAUGAUGCCAGACUUAAAAUAAAGAAAGGUACUAAUAUUUAGGCAAUCGAAUUACCAGAAGAAGAAUUUCGUUAUGGUCGUAAAAACAGGUAUUUUCUAUUACUAUUAAUUUAGACCAUCAACUCCCAUGAAAUUAAUCAUGGGCAACUCAUAUGGUAUAGAUGCAGAAUCAACCAUUUUAGAUAAAUAUUAACACAGAGCUGGAUCAUAAGUAUAUUAAAUAUAAUCUUUAGGAUUCUUAAUUAACUACUUCGAUGGUCAAAAGUAAUAAGGCAUCUUAAUUAUUUCAUGAUACCAAUCAUAAAAAACUAGCUGCUAUCUAAGGUGUAGAAAAAAAAGAACCUUUUAAAAUGGAGAAAUUUAAAUCUGUCAAUCCUAAAAUUAAUACAAAUUUAUCAACUAAAAAAUGA